AUGAUGACGUCGAAGCAAAAAGUCAAUGUGGUGCUUGAUGUACUCAUUAUCGUAUUUGCGUCGUUGACAAUCUUAGUAUCAGUUCUCAUAACAUUCAUCAUGUUAUUUUGUCAAUCGCCAACACGGUCCGAUCGAAUUGCCCAUUUAUUAUGCAUGAAUAUGUAUAUCAGUCUUUUUAUCGGUUGUGCUUUUGGUUUAGAGAUGUAUUGUUAUACACUUUACGGUCAUCUACAUCCUGGCAUUUCAUUUGAUGGCAAUUGGUGCCAUUACAAAGCUUACUUACUCUAUGUUAGCGGAUGUAGUUUCUUCUACUCAUAUCUCCUUCAAGCGGUCUAUCGACUUUGUCGAAUUGUAUUCUAUCGAAAGCAGUUCCUACAAUCGCCGGUCAUAUACUUCGGUGGAAUCAUUCUCCAAUGGACAAUGAGUUUUGCUCAAGUUAUGCCCGUGUUUCUUCUCAAAACAUCUGAAUAUCUUCCCAACGAUUAUCAUUGUCAAAUCGCAUUACAUAAUAUUCGAGGAUUAUUAACUGGCUUAGCAUUGGUACAUAUGGUGCCCAUUUCUCUAACCACAACUUGCUAUAUUUAUACGGUUGUUCAUAUUCGUAGACAUGCACAAGUGAUGAAAAGCACUCGAAGACGUGACCGCGAACGCCGAGAUCUCGUUGUCUUAACUCGAGUAUUUUUACUAUUGACUGCUAUGAUUGCAUCAGGAUUGCCACAGUUGGGCAUAAGUAUCUUCUAUCAAAUCUAUGGAUAUCUUCCAUAUUGGUCAACGCAAUUUCAGUGGCUAACAGCAACAUUUUCGGUCUUUUGUAUAUCUAUCAUCAUCAUAUUUGUUUCGCCGAAUUUGCAUACGUUUUGGAAGAAAUCAUCUUCAUUGCAAAAUGAAGUUUACGACAGUUAA